UGUGUGUGUGUGAGAGAGAGAGAGAGAGAGAGAGAGAGCAGAGCGGUGAAUAUGGCCAAAGAGAGCGAAUAAAACUCGCUCGAGCACUUGUUCGUCACACAAUUGCAAGUGUGAAACAUCCCGCAGCCGCGCGCAGGAUUCUCCACGCGCAUCCUAGCAGAUACGAUCUUAAGAGCAGCAUCAACAAAAAAGAAUAUUGGUUAUAAUCACGGAGCCUCGUUACAUCCCGAGUUUCUCCAACGCUACGGGAGGACACGCUUCUCUCUUUCCCGCAUUUAAACUCCCAGCACCCGACUGCCUGCAGCUUCCUGCUCCGUCCGCGCAUCAGCGCGCGAACAGCGCUGCUCUCGUGUCGAACUAUAGGAUUUGGGUGGACGCCAUGGGGACAAAGGGAGGGGGUCUUCGCCAUGGAUUCUGACUUUUUUAAACUCUUAAAAUAAACAUAUAGAUUGCGAAACCCCUAUAGAAGUAGUUGAGCGAGCUGCGCUUCAGGUCGCAUCUCUUCCUGCCCUUCUUCGCCGAACGGGAUGGUUCCAGCGCAGCGGCGCGUGGGGUGAGAAGAUCUUGCAAGACUGCGAAGAAAAGCGAGAGAUCGAGGGAUUAUGGCACUCUUCGCGCUCUGCCUUUUUAUUCUGACGCUCACCUGCACGAACUUUGACCUGGUGACUGCAGCCAGGCACGCGGUACACUGGAACAGUUCAAACAUACUACUUCGUAAGGAGGGCUACACAGUCGAGGUGAAUGUCAAUGACUACCUGGAUAUCUACUGUCCUCACUACAACAGCAGCCAGAGAGGCGUAGCCGAGCAGUACGUGCUCUACAUGGUCAGUUAUCGUGGUUACCGUACAUGCGACCCACAGCUGGGCUUCAAACGCUGGGAGUGUAACCGUCCCCACGCCCCACAUGCACCAAUCAAAUUCUCAGAAAAGUUCCAGCGCUACAGCGCCUUCUCACUCGGCUACGAGUUCCAUGUUGGGCAGGAGUAUUAUUAUAUCUCCACACCCACUCAUCACCACGGCCGGAGCUGCCUGAGAUUAAGAGUGUUUGUCUGCUGCUCAUCAGCAUCUGAUUCAGAUGAUGAGACCCAACCCACAGAGCCAGACUACACUCUAAGACCUAACAUUAAAAUCGAUGACCUCGAUGACUAUGAUAAUCCAGAGGUCCCGAAAUUGGAGAAGAGCAUCAGCGGUAGCAGUCCAUCCAGAGAUCGCCUUCUCCUAACCGUGGCAUCACUUUUCCUUAUCACCCUUUCGGUCUCCUAGCAUCCACCUCUUAACCGUCACCAUACCAACGAGGCCUUGGGUUGGGGGGGAAGGAAGGGUCCAGGGCCAGAUAAGUUUGCAGAUAAAGACUAGGAAAGAAACUGGAAAUGGAACACUUUGAUGCUGCAGCAGCUUAAGGAGUGUCAAGCACCAGCCCACAACUCAACAGUGGUUUUCAUGUCUUACAACAGCGACACACUUUGCGUGUCACGCAGACAAUACUAAUAUAGAAUAAUGAGAACUGUGCCAUUUCAGUUACAAUAGUGCAGAUUGUUUGUUUGUGUGUGUGUGUGUGAGUUUGUGUUUAUGCAUUUGUGUGGUGCCUUCGGUGCUCGGGGGUGGAGCGGAUCUUUACUUCGGUCUGAAGGUUUGAUGGCUCCAUUAUCUGUGAAUUGGCAGGUUAAAAGUUUAAAAGCGUCUCAGAUUCUGUUUGAUGAGAACUGAAAUGAAACCGUCAAGGAGUUCAGGUUACUCGAACCCAGAAAGAAAAAAACACAGAAGCACCGUUUAAUCCAAUUCCAAAAGUAUUUGUUUCUCUCUGUGUGUUUCUGUUGCCAGAGAGACGUACAAACCGCUGGAUGAUCAUGUAAUUGCCGUCAAGGAUGAACAGCAAUAUUCAUUUGAUGAGUUUAAACAAGUCUAUAAUAGAAACCGAUCUCACAGACUUGAAAUCAACUAAUUUUGGACUUUUCUAUUGAUAAUACGACAAUUUAUAAAGCAUCAAAUUCCAAUUAAAUCUGAUUCUUAUUUGAACGUUUUGUGGUCGCACAUGAAAGCAGGAGCCGAUAUGGUUGUUCUGUGAUGCAGAAAAUUGAGACAGAAGUGGUUUUGCACGAGUGCCAGCACAAACGCAUUAAACACAUUGAGACAAACAGAGGCCAAAUAGCUUUUUUUGUUGUUGUUUUCUUUCCUUCUCCCUUUUGAUAAAAGGUGCUUGAGUGAGUGAGCGAGUGCAAGUGUAUGUGUGUGAGUGCAUUAGCUCAGUGAUGCUGGAAAAAUCUCCUCUAGACUUUAUGGACUUCAACCAGAGGAGGACAGCUACACAGACACUGUAUAUAAAACACAUGCAUUUAUUUAUGUGUGGACAUUGUGGACGAACUCUGCUCAUUCGUUCGGACCAUGCUGAUUCCCGCUGGAUUUGAAAGUGCUCCGAACCAGUUUUGGCUGGUUCAUUCCAGUUUGAACCAGUUCCACUUAUCGCCGCUUGCUACUUGACUUCUUUCAGUGGUGAUCAGCAAGACCAAAUGGAAAUUGAGGGGUCUGGUGGUUAUAAUCGGUUUCUACGGCAACAGUUAUUCAUCUAUACACAUACCUAAAGGCACUAGGAAAUCAGAACAACACACACAAAAAGAAAUAACAGCAAUUACAGGCAAUGGUUCUGGUGACACUUUUGCCAAGAGUAAUACAAGCAAACAAAUGCUUCGGGGCAGAUAGUUAUUGCAUUCUUGCGAGCUAUUCAAGGGAUAAGAGGCAGAGUAUGCAUCAAUCAUUUUACAACAAGGUUCAAAAUUAAGGUUCUAAAUGUUUUAGACUGGCACCUUAUCAAGAUUGCAAUGACAUCAUAUCACAGCUUCAUGAUGAUAGCAGCAACCAGCGCUGCUUUUCGCCCUAGAGGCAAGCAAAUACUGCUUAAACUAGUGAUGGCAUGUGGUUUAGCAGAAAUGAUGUGUGGUAGAAGUUUUCUAACGUAGAGUCAUAAUGGACACCUUCUCUCACACCUACAGGCUUUCUUUAACAUAUCGCUAAAGCCGUUUAUUGGAUCAUUCUGCUUUUGAUCUAAAAAAUCAUUUCAAUUUAUGUGGAACAUUACGUCCGCUUUAUAUUCCAUUACUGUGGCUGCUGUGGUUUCACUGAUCUAGAGCAACUUCAGAACAAAUGAACACUAAUUUGAAUGCUCAGAAUGAUACUUUACAGACUUAAAUCUACAUUUAAUUUGUUUCAUGUAGUCAUUUCAAGGCAUUGGAUUGAGAAUAAGUAGGUUUUUGUGCUUUUGGGUUUUUCAGGAGUUUGUUUUUCUGAUGGAAUAAUGUAAUAUUUCAGAAGAGUCGAUCAGGCAAAGUGUCACUCUUCAAAUGUUGCACUUACAAAACUUGGACACGAGAAUUGUGCGUGUGUGUGUGUGUGUGUGUGUGUGUGUGUGUGUGUGUGUGUGUGUGUGUGUUAGAGACUGCAAUUGUUACAAGUUGACAUUUGUCUUAAAACUAGCCUAAAUAACCUUUCAGUCUUGUUUGUGUUUGUGUGUGUGUGUGUGUGUGUGUGUGUGUGUGUGUGUGUGUGUGUGUGUGUGUGUGUGUGUGUGUGUGUGUGUGUGUGUGUGUGCGCGUGCGUCUCUGCAUGCGUGCGUGUGUGUGUGUGUGUGUGUGUGUGUGAGAGAGAGAGAAAGAAUGAGAGAUCAAAAGGUAUUAAAGAUAAAGGAUGGUGUGAAUGUGUGUGUUUAUGCGAGUUGUUUUCAAUUGUUUAGUCUAGGCAUUUUCUGUGUGAGUGGGUGCGAGUCAAAGAAACUGUAUUGUUUUGGAGGAAACAAAAGCAUUUAUUAGUGUUGGAAACAACCGAAUACAAUCAUGUUUACCUUCAACUGGAAUGAAUUUAAAGAACUUGAAAAAAAUAAACUGUAAACUGAACAAACCAUAGCAAAGCUUAUAAUAAUAAUAAUCAUGAUAUAAAAAAGAUUAAGCCUUUGAUUCAUAUUUGUUUCAGACACAACAUUUUUUAUGAACUCAUAUGUUUGGGUAUUGAAAUGUCCUUCUGAAUUUGAUCACUGUCAGUGGAAACCGAAGGACUAAUCUAAUAAGAGUACACAAACAUAAUCUCCCCCACACUCUGACUUCCCAUCUCCUCAUAAAAUGUAGUUUCAGAUUUCCCACUGCUGUCAUCAAAAAUUAGCCAUUCUUUACCAAUCUCGCAAUCUAUGGUAUUUUGUGCACUCCAUCAUCUCUUUCAAAUAUAUUAUCAUAGUGUCAGUUAUCUGCAGAGUGUGUAAAAAGCAAGCAGCACAAAGAUGAAAGGAUUUCUAUCAGAGGCUGACCUGAUGCUGAAACCAUCUUAUCUAGUCAAUGCUACAUGAAGAUAUUUCUGUAUAUCCAACAACAUUGUUAAGCACAGGAUGCCACUUUUUAAAACUGAUACCCAUCCAAACAAUUUUUAGAUUAUUUUGUCUGCCAGUGCUAAAAGUGAGCAAGAUUACUUAUACCCCUACUAUAGAGUUGAAACAAAAUAUCGAUAAUUAAUUAGUUUUUAAGUGUUUUUUUUUUUUCAGCCCUAAAAAUACAUUUUAUGAAUACGCUUUUUUUUCUCUCAGAUUUUAUGCUGACCCCCUAUAACCCUCUUGUUGGGUCCCUGGGGGUCCCCGGACUCCAGUUUGAAAACCUCUGUCCUAAAUCAAUGUUUUUCGCGCUGGGGUCUGUGGACACCUAGUGCUUCGUGGUGUAAUUGCAAUGGGUGAAUAAAAUCAUUUAAAAAAAAAAAAGAGGAAGAGUAGGCUAUAUCUACUUUACAUGUCAUAUACAGGCAUUUGCAUUUUAGUAAUUUGUAUUUAUUUCGUAAAUGUAAGAACUGAUGAUAUGGCAAAAGGCCAGUGCAGUGAAUCAAUUGCAUUUGUUCACUACAAACAAACAAAAACAAUAUAAUCAAUGCAUACAUUUUUUAAGAAUUUAAAAUACCAUAUGACAGGGCCCAGUACUAAAAAAAGGCCUGUUUACACUGCUAUAACUAGGCUAAAAAAGUUUAAUAAUCGCUCUGUUUCUGAGAAUAAGGAAGUCAUAGUCAUAUAAAAAUAUAAAUAUCCUCUCUAAUCUGUCGCUAUAAUUAUCCAUAUCGAUUCUGAUGUGAAGGUGCAUUAACUCUAAUAGUUGCUGAGAAGAACGAGGCAGAACAGAUGUUGCUGGAUUGAACUACAGUCGUUUGAUUGUUUUUUCAUCUUAUUAGAGUGGCGUUUGAUUCAGAGCAACAUGUCGAGACAAAAGCUCGUGACGUUCCGUUAAUUACUCUGAAGCUAUGCGCGUGAGUAAACCGUCUGAACACACUGCAACAAUAACGGCGAUUGAUCCCCCAGACACACGCUGCUUUCUGCUACCGGUCACACAGAGCAGACUCUGACCUCAUCUGCUGCGGGAAAAGGACAAAGACGCCUCGAUAAACCAAAUGAUGGAGCUAAUGAGUAAAAUCUUCCGAGCAGUAUAAUGGUCUAGACAGACCCACAUCUGCACAUCUGUAUGUGUGUGGUGUGAUUGUUAGUUUAUGUAGGAAAACCUCAGUAACAAAAAUGCAAUAGCUACAAAGUUUCCUCUAAAUGACCACAGUUAUUUGGAGGAAGUAAAAAGGAGUCUGUUAGCAUUUAAUCCACCUCCCCCCCAACCAGAAUUUUUUUAGAAUAAUAAUUUUAUUUUAUAAAUUGACACAGAUAUUGACGAAACACUAUAUUAGAAAUAAGUAGGCCCAUAAUAAACUUGUAUGAUUGAUGUGUGCUACUGUAGAAUACGCUCUCAGCCCAGUUUUACUAAAUCGUGCACACAACUUUCUAACUUGUUUCCUCCUUUUAAGUAAAUUGUGCCCACGGUAUAAUGAUUCGUUCGUUGAUUUGAUUCAACUAAAUUCUGGCCAAGAUUUAGUAUCUGCACACAAUUAAGUAAAACGAGAAAACAAAUUCGUGCUCACGAUUUAAUGUUUUUUUCCCUGCAUGUGCGGGGCUCCAUAUGCUUUAAGCAGGGCUUAAAAACGAGAGAGAGAAAAAUCGGUUCACUCCGAGCAGAAUCGGUAUUUUACCGGUUUCUGUUCAUGCGUUCUCUGUAUUAUUACCGUUCUGAAACCGGUUUGAGUAGAAAAAAAAAUGCUCGGAGAGCGCAAAGGAUUCAGUUUUUGCUUGUUUGUGGUUGUCAGUUAAUAAAAAGGAUAAAUAAGUUAAUUGCAAAAGUUG